GCUCAGAAUUGACCAAGUUUACAUAAGUUAGAAUGGAACAGGCAGACCUUAAACUUCAGAAGUGAAACUGCUUGGAGGGGUCAUUUGGGGACUCAAAGAAAACAGCUUAGGAAAGGAGCUCCAGCUCAGUGGCUUUGCUAUCUAAACCUGUCCAAGAGACCGUGCCAGUCUAAUUCCUCUCAAGCAGCCCCUCCCAAAAAGACGACAUGCAAGCAGAGGCACUCUGAGCCCCACUGGCAGAACAAAGCAAAGCAUCUUUACAGAAUUAAAGCACUUCCUUGGGCUCUGAAUGUAAGUUUCAGCUCCAAAAGAAGUAUCUUACCUUUAGUCCAAGGGAUAUAUAUUUAGUCCUAGAGAUGUAUAUUUAACGCCGAGGGUAAACUGUGGAAUAGCAGGCCUAGGAAGAUUGUUUAUAUACACCCACACCUGUGGCUCAGUUUGACAGCAGAUCGACAGGGCGAACAGAGAGAGCAGGCUAUGAGUGUGCCAGAGAGAGGGUGGGCAUCACACCGAGUUGACCUCCCGAUGGAGCCCUGGCUGGUGAUGCUGCUCUUUUUACAGACAGUUUGGAAUGGCGUUCUAGGGAAAACUCAUUCUUUGCACAAAAGAGGACUCCUUGAGUUAUCGGGAACUAUAAGAUGUGGCACUGGACGAACUCCACUGGCAUAUCUAGGUUAUGGAUGCUACUGUGGCAUUGGAGGACAUGGCUGGCCCAAGGAUAAAUCAGACUGGUGUUGUCAUCGGCAUGACUGCUGCUAUGGUUUUGCAGAAGAACAAGGAUGUAACCCCAAGUCAACUAGGUACACAUGGAGCUGCAGGCGCAAUACUGUGGUAUGUGAUACAGUGCUAGACAGAUGUCAACAAAUAGUGUGCCAGUGUGACAGAGAAGCAGCUGAAUGUUGGCGAUCUGCGACUUUUAACCGGCGCUAUAUCCUCUGGCCAAAUUUUUUAUGUGGCCAUACUAAUCCCAUGUGCACUUAUUAUGAUAACGGAAAGAGACGUAAAAAGAUUUUUUUUAAUUAACUUUUUCCUGUGUCUUUGGACUUUGCACUCUCCAAUAAUUGAUAUACGAUUUAAGAUAACAGCUGAAGAUACAGUCUUCUGAAGAGUUUCAGCGGGGUCCCAGACCUUGAAAAUUACAUGUUAUAUACAUUAUGGAAGUGUUUCAAAAUGUAUCAAAAUCUCUUUUAUGAAGUGGCCUCUGUUUUCAGUUUACAUAACUAUUGUGCACUUGGUUGGUCACGUUUAUUCCUGUCCAUAUAUCAUUUGUACACAAACAAUAAUUCAGUGUACUUUUUGAAAAAGUAACUUUUGCUUUGCAGUAUGCUAUCAUGAAACAGUUCUCUGUUUAUACUGGGGGGAAAAAGGGAAGGAACAGAGAUACACUCCAUAGUCAUAUGAGUUGGCUCUUACUGCAUUAUGUCAAGACCGGCCAUGGGUCUGCAACCUGCUGCUCUCCAGAUGUUCGUGGACUACAAAUCCCAUCGGCCCCUGUCAGCAUGGCCAAUUGGCCAUGCUGGCAGGGGCUGAUGAGAUUUGUAGUCCACGAACAUCUGGAGAACCGCAGGUUGAAGACCCCUAAACUAACUUGCUUUGGUGGAUACUUUGCGUGUUAUGAAUUCCUUACUCCAAGAGGAUGUUUUCACAUAUGUAAAUAGGCUAUCUCAAAGCUAGGUUGCUAUUCUACCAGACCACAUGACUGACAGUCACGGGUCCCAGAUCAUCAUUUCCAUUUUGCAGCAAAUGCACACGCAUGGACAUGUGAGAAAAGUUGGCUGCUCUCAAAUACUUGUAGCACUAUAGGAAUCAUAUAGAAGUCCCUUAUUUAUGUGAGAUAUUGUUUUGAGGGACAAUAUUGUCCUUCUCUUGUGUUAUUUAUAUAGCAAAUUGUUAUAACCGGAGAAGACAUUCUUCAUAAACAUAAGAUGUUCCUGGAACACGUCUCUAUGCAGGAAACUGCUUGUUCUUUCUCCACAGUCUUCUUUCUUUCUUCUCCUCAAACAUGACUUCAUGUUAACACUCUGCUCUGAGAAACUUACCAGUGUUGUUAAAAAAAACAAAAGAAGUAGAGAAUAUGCAGUCUCCAUUCAAUGAUAGUGAUGUGGAGCAGGACGCAAAAAGGAGAGGGCAAAAUGAAUAGUAUCUUUCCCAAAUACCACCACCAGAGAGUCACUUUUGUUGUCUGAAUACUAGCUUAGAGCCGGAGAAGAUACCAUGAAGUUCAAUGGUACUUUUUUCUUCUCAAUAUACUAAUCAACAAUCAGUUCUUCUGUACUGAGAAUGCUUCCGCAAUCCACCUCAGCAAUUCUAUAAACAAUUCAUAUCUUCAUGUAUGAGAUCAUUCAUGUAAGUGAGGCCUGUCCUCAGAUAUCCAUGUAAAUUUGUAAUAUAUCUGACAGACUCUCAAAGAUCUGGCUGUACAUCCAUAGCUUCACAGGGGAACAAACCCUGCAACAUGCUGUUUUACUCAUUGCCUGAAUUUUGAUUCCAGCGCUUGCAAAACCCACAUGCCCUGCUCUGCUUCUCUUGCUCCACGCAAAACAGAUGCAAAUCCACCAGCUUACGGCUGAAAUGCUCACUGCGUACAAAUGAAUGCAAUUAAAUCGUGGAGGUCAGUUCUGUUGGGGAAAGUGCAGUUGCUGAAGUAGGUCACCUGGAGCAAAGUGUUUAACCUUUCUAGAGUUGGCGACUUUUCUGCUGCAGUUGAUCCCCUGAAAGCACUCCCCAUCCAUAGUGAUCCAGAUGCGUGUUUCUCAGGCCUGUAACAUGAAUGUAAACUUAUACUGGUUAGAACGUGUAUAGGAUUGCUUCUCUCUGCAAUGCAUCCCUUGUUAAGAACAUUCCAAAGGGCUCAAAUACAGUUUUUACCAUUGUAUGUGAAAACAGUCUGUGGCAGUGAGUGAGUAGCUAUUCUGUGUUGACAAAGACCAUUUUUUAAAAUAAAUAAAUAAAUGUCACUUCUUUAAAAA